ACAAGAGAGGGGAAGAAAAGUAAGAAGAGAGAAGAAAAAAAGGAGCAUGACUGACAAUCCUUGAGUAGAAUCGUUUCCCCUAUCGCUAAAAAAGGAAUAAAUAAAAUAUAUAAAAGGAUAAAGAAGUAAAGGAUCUAUCAACCCUCUUGCCUUUUUUUAUUAUUAUUAUUAUAUAUUUGUAUUGCUUUUUUUAUUUUUAUGGAGAAGCUCUAAAAAAAGGCUCUGAUUGAACAGGGAGAAAAAUAAUCACCAGUACAGGAAUUUCUUUCUGUUUCAAAUUAAAUUGUAAGAGAGGAAGAAGACAGAGAACUUUGAUCGAGAGAUCCAAGUACAGAAAAGAUAUUUCCAAGCAGCGGAUUUAAAAGCCUGGAGAAUCGGAUAUAAAUAUAUUAUUUGGUUUCCUAUAAAGAAUUACUGGGAGAAGUUUACGUGAACCUGAACUGGAAAGAAACUUUUUUUUUUGUGUAAAUUAUAUUUUGGUGGCUUUUUUUCCUUUUACAGUGAUCUUUUAAAUAGGAGAUCCUGCAGUGUGCAUUGGGUUAUUCAGUCUAGUUUGACUGUAUCCCAUCUCUGCUUCUUCUGUAUGUUGGGUGCUUGUUGGCAAAUGAACUAAAAAAAAAAAAGUUUGGAUAAAGUAUUAACCGUAAAGGAUUUUUUUUUUCUUUUACAUUUUCCUUCUGAUCAGAUCUACACUUUCCACAUCUUGCUGGAAUAUAAAAUAUGAAAUUGUAUUGAUAUAAUAUUAUUUUUGAUAUAUCUAUACUAUUGGUGUGACUAUACUUGACCGUGUUCUUGUUAUUUGAUUCUUCUUGUUGGUCAUCGUGGCUGUUGGAUUGGGAAGAAGGAUGUACCUGCCAGGGAAGUUUAUGCCCGCCUGGCAGCUGGUGGUGGUAGGUUUGAUGAUGCUGCCACUCUUUAGCAGGGCUUUGGUUUGCUUACCCUGUGAUGAAUCCAAAUGCGAGGAGCCUAAGAACUGCCCGGGGAGUAUAGUUCUGGGUAUCUGCGGUUGCUGCUUUACAUGUGCCCGGCAGAAGAAUGAGAGCUGUGGAGGAGUCUAUGGGCUGUAUGGAGCGUGUGACCGGGGUCUACGCUGUGUUAUCCGCCCACCACUCAAUGGUGACUCCAUCACUGAGUAUGAAGUGGGUGUUUGUGAAGAUGAAAACUGGGAUGAUGACCAACUGCAUGGAUUUGAACCCUGCAACGAAAACCUUGUAACUGGUUGCAACAUUAUCAAUGGGAAAUGCGAGUGCGACACCAUCAGGACAUGUAAUAGCCCCUUUGAGUUCCCCAGCCAGGAUACUUGUCUGACUGCACUGAGGAAGAUUGAAGAAGAGAAGCCAGACUGCUCAAUAGCAAGGUGCGAGGUGCAGUUUUCUCCACGUUGCCCUGAAGACUCUAUUCUCAUUGAAGGCUAUGCUCCUCCCGGCGAGUGCUGCCCACUGCCCAGCCGCUGUGUAUGCAAUCCAGCUGGAUGUCUCAGAAAAGUAUGCCAGCCAGGUUACUUAAACAUCCUUGUGUCCAAGGCAUCAGGGAAGCCUGGGGAAUGCUGUGACCUUUAUGAAUGCAAGCCAGUCUUUAGUGUGGAUUGCAGUACCGUGGAGUGCCCGCCAGCUCAACAGGUCGUAUGUCCUCCGGAUAGUUAUGAGACACAAGUCCGACUUACAGCAGAUGGAUGUUGUACGCUGCCUACAAGGUGUGAGUGUCUCUCUGGACUAUGUACCUUCCCUGUAUGUGAACCUGGAACAAUUCCCCGUGUAGUCUCACAAGGGGAUGGAACACCAGGAAAGUGCUGUGACGUCUUUGAGUGCUUUAAUGUGACAAAGCCUGCAUGCAUCUUUAACAAUGUGGAGUACUACGAUGGAGACAUGUUUCGUAUGGACGCGUGCCGCUUUUGUCGAUGUCAGGGCGGAGUUUCCAUCUGUUUCUCAGCACAAUGUGGAGAGCUUCACUGUGAUCGGUACUAUGUGCCUGAAGGGGAAUGCUGUCCAGUUUGUGAAGAUCCAGUGUACCCGGUUCAUGACCCAGCUGGGUGUUAUGCUAAUGGACAGAUCAGAAGCCAUGGAGACCGGUGGCGAGAGGACGACUGCACAUUCUGUCAGUGCAUUAAUGGGGAGCCGCACUGCGUUGCUACAGCUUGUGGCCAGAGCUGCUUGAAACCAGUGAAAGUGCCGGGAGAAUGUUGCCCUGUUUGUGAAGAACCUACAUACAUCACAAUGGCUCCACCAAUGUGCGAUGUGUUAACAAACUGUUCGCUCACAGAAAAAGACUGUAGUUAUGGAUUCCGAUUAGACCAAAAUGGGUGCCGCACCUGUCAGUGCAAAACAAGAGAGGAAUUGUGCACUGGACUCAUAUCUGGCUGCGCUUUGGACUGUCCAUACGGUUUUCAGACCCAUCUUCACAACUGUGAGAUUUGCCAGUGUCGGCCUCGUCCCAAGAAGUGCAAACCUGUGGUCUGUGACAAAUACUGUCCGUUUGGUUACCUGAAGAACAAACAUGGCUGUGAUAUAUGUCGAUGUAAGAAGUGUCCUGAUGUCUCGUGCGGCAAGAUAUGCCCAAUGGGAUUCGAAGAAGACAAUCACGGAUGCCUUAUCUGCAAGUGCAGAGAGGCCCCAGCAUCUGUUAUUCCACCAAUCAAAACAGGCUCUUGCCUCUCAAUGGAUGGGCGGCGUCAUGACAAUGAGGAGAGUUGGCAUGACGGGUGUCGCGAGUGUUACUGCUAUAAUGGACGAGAAAUGUGUGCCCUGAUUACUUGCCCUGUACCAGGCUGUACCAGCCCUACCAUACUCCCAGGGCAGUGCUGUCCUUCAUGUCCAGAUGACUCCAGUGGAAAGAAACCAGAACUCACAGACCCAUCCAUUUGCUACGCCCCAGGAGGGGAAUUCUUUGUUGAAGGAGAGACAUGGAAUAUUGAUUCCUGCACACAGUGUACCUGCCAUAGUGGACGGGUGUUAUGUGAAACUGAAGUUUGCCCACCUCUCCUAUGCCAAAUCCCCACCCGUACCCAGGACUCUUGCUGUCCGCAGUGCACAGAUGAAUCGUUUCAACCUUCAGGCUCGGGCAAUGACAGUAUACCCAGCUACUGCAAAAAUGACGAGGGUGACAUUUUCCUGGCAGCAGAAUCCUGGAAACCCAAUGUGUGCACAAGCUGUGUGUGCAUGGAUGGGAUGAUCAGCUGUUACUCUGAAUCAUGUCCACCUGUAACCUGUGAGAAGCCGGUUUUAAGGAAGGGUCAGUGCUGUCCGUACUGCAUUGAGGAUACCAUACCAAAGAAGGUGGUGUGUCAUUUCAAUGGCAAAACAUAUGCUGAUGAAGAACGAUGGGAUAUUGACAGCUGCACACAUUGCUACUGCUUGCAAGGCCAAACACUUUGCUCUACAGUCAGCUGCCCUCCUCUACCCUGCGUGGAACCACUGAAUGUUGAAGCAAGCUGUUGUCCCAUGUGUCCAGAGAUGUAUAUGCCAGAGCCAACAAACAUCCCUAUUGAAAAAACAAACCACAGAGGAAAGAUUGAUCUAGAUCCUCCACACUGGCCAACUCCGAACGAGAACGACCUCCUCCAUCUCCACAGAGAUUUGGGUCAUCUUCAGGUUGACUACCGAGAAGGAGAUAGACUGCGACCAAGUGAAGACAAUUCUCUGCACUCUGUUGCUUGGGUGGCAAUCCCUAUAAUGACAACAUUGUUUAUUAUUAUUGUCCUGUUUCUUAUUAAUCAAAAAAAGCAAUGGAUACCGGUACCCUGUUAUCGAACUCCCACCAAGCCAACUUGCCUGAACAAUCAGCUGGUGUAUGUAGACUGCAAGAAAGGAACCAUGGUUCAAGUAGACAGCUCCCAGAGGAUGCUAAGAAUGGCUGACCCAGACUCUAGAUAUAGCGGAUUUUACAGUAUGCAAAAACAGAACAACCUUCAGGCAGAUAAUUUCUAUCAAACUGUGUGAGGAGUUCCCAGAAGACAUCGUUAAACAAGGAUUUCCCAUUUAAUGGAAGAAAAAGACAAGACAAGAUGGUGAACAGAGACUAAAUCUGCUUUUUAAACAAAAUAGAAUGUGCACUUGCUUUUUUGGAUUGUAUUGGAUUUGUGACAUGUACAGCCGAUACCUUACUGAGACGAACUCUAUCUCUUGCAUUGUGCCAAAACAAACAUUCCCACUUUCCCUUUGUAACAACUGACCAAGUGUGUUUGUUUUUCUUUUUUUUUUCUUUUUUCUUUUUUUUUCUUUCAGAACCAAAGUUUGGAGAACCGGCUGAUGUGUGUCUGCUUGUAAAAUAGCUAUAGAGAUUUUUUUUCAGUUGGCAGGGAUGGGUGAUGGGGGAAUCGACAAUGGAGAGGUCACAAAUAAUUAAUGGACAGGUUUGGGAGCGCAAAAAAAAAAAAAUGCUACGUAGAAUAUAAAAGAGAAGUUGGUCAAGUUGACUCAAUCAUAGGUGAAAAAAUAAACGCCCCAACAUAAGACAUUGGCCUUUCCUGCAUCAAAAAUCCUAAAUAAAUUGAGAUACAUAUUAAAAAGAAAUUGCUAAAACAAAGGGAAAUUGUUUUUACAGAUAAUUCCAUAACAAAGAGACUGCAGUUGGAAAAAUAGCAGCACUGAUGCUACAAAUUGCUUGUUCCUUACCGUGCUGUUGGUCUCCUUAUUUGUACAAUGCAGAUUAUACCAUUAUUAACAAACAACGGCAGAAGUUUGCUAUAGAUGAAAGUAGAGAUUACAGUUGUGUAAUAAUAUACAAUGUGCUGCUUUUUUUUUCUUUCUCACUUGGACGUUUUUUUAGCUUCUUUUCAAAGCUGGUUGACCUGUCCAUUUUGGCUUAACACAAAAAUACAGAGGGCUUGGUAGUUUUUUUUCCCAUAUAUAUAAAUACAUAUCUAUAUCUGAGCACUGGAUUUUUAUUUGUUCCUGAGAGCAGUAUUUCAAGUAAAAAAACAAAGGUAUUUUCAUCAUAUGCUGUUCAACAGGUUUAAUGGGGGUGUUGUUUUCUUUUAUUCAAUUUAUUUUUUUGUGCGUAUUUGUGUGAUCUUGUCACAACAUUUUUUUUUUGUAAGGCAGAGAAUGAACGAUAGUGUCCCUUUGCUUCAAUAAUGGCCAGCAAAUUGCAAAGCAUUGAUUGUCUGGUCUUAUAUAGCAAUUAGUCAGCUUAGCUUGAUGGAAAUAGUUCAUAUUGUGAUUGUUUUCAUUUUUAUGUCACCUGAUUCUCAUGCUCCAGUGAUUACACAUUAUAAUCUGGGCUUUCAUAGCGGAAUUGGGUUUAUGAUCAUUUUUAGACUUGUUGAUGUAUUCAAAUAUGCUUUAUGAUUACAUCAAAGAAAAAGUAAGAAUGGAAAACACUUUUUUUUAACAUUUAUUAUUUUUUUUUCUGAUUAUCAAUCUUUUGGUUUCUUUACAGGUUGCGCAAGUUAGGAAAAACAGAUACCCGAUUAGGGUUCCGCUUAAUUUUGUAGUAUUCAAGCACCUUUUUUUUUCAAAGCUGAGUUAUAAAUAAAAAAAUUAAAAAAACAAUAAAAGAAACUCAACAAAAUAAUAAAAAGUAAAAAAAAAAAAAAAAAAGAGGAGAUUAUGCUUCUUGGAACAUUAGCAUUAUAGGAAUAUUUAUGUAAAUGUAUAUUAUGCUGAAACAAUGACAAAAAGUAUUUGUGUGUGAGUGUCUAAAUAAAUAUAUAUAAAUAUAUUUGUGUGCAUAUAUAUAUAUAUAUAUAUAUAUAUACAUACAUACAGGGUCAGGCAGAAGUAACAACCGUUUUUCAUGAACUUGUAAUCUAUAUCAAAAUCGGAAGUAACGCCCCUUUUUCAUGAGCUUGUAAUCUAUAUCAAAAUCAGAAGUAACGCACCUUUUUCAUGAACUUGUAAUCUAUAUCAAAUCAGAAGUAACGCCCCUUUUUCAUGAGCUUGUAAUCUAUAUCAAAUCAGAAGUAACGCCCCUUUUUCAUGAGCUUGUAAUCUAUAUCAAAAUCAGAAGUAACGCCCCUUUUUCAUGAUCUUGUAAUCUAUAUCAAAAUCAGAAGUAACUCCCCUUUUUCAUGAGCUUGUAAUCUAUAUCAAAUCAGAAGUAACGCCCCUUUUUCAUGAGCUUGUAAUCUAUAUCAAAUCAGAAGUAACGCCCCUUUUUCAUGAGUUUGUUAUCUAUAUUAAAUAUUUUAUUACAGAGUUUUUACAGAAAAAAAAAGAAAUAAACAUAUUAUUAUGUAACAUAAUACAACCGCACUCUUAAGGGCAUUACUUCUGCCUGACCCUGUAUAUACUGAAUAUGUAUGUAUAUAUAUAUAUAUAUACAUACAUACAUAUAUGUGUGUGUACAUACAUAUAUAUAUAUGCAUAUAUAUAUAUAUAUAAAUAUACACACACACACACACGUUUUCUAUGUCUUUUUUUCAUGUUGAAUGUAUUUUUAUCCAAGAAAGAGAAAUUUACUCAGAAUGGAUACAUAAACCAGCAGCAUUCCAUAUCAAUGCUUACCAGUUUGAAGAAGGAAACAGGCAUUUUCAUUUUCUGCCUACAAUUUAACUUUCAUUAAUUUUAUCAUGCGUGCAUGUGUUUGUGUUGUUACUGGUCUGCAUUUGUGCGUGUGUGAAUUUGUAUGCACGUGUGUGUGUGUUUUCAAAUAAAUACCCUAAUGACUUCAGCAAUAAGCAAAACUCCUGCUACUUGCUAUUUUGAGUAUGGGGAGAACUUUAUUUAUUUUUUAUUUUAUUUUUUUUAAAUAGGUUUUGGUUGUCUUGUUUCAAAAGGGGACAUUAAAUGCAAAUCCCAAUCGAAAGCAACAUAUUUCAAGGGUGUUGACCGUGUAUUGUAGUAAGGUUGCAGAUAAUUAAAUUGCUAUGUAUUAAUAGCCUCCACCUUUUACUGGGUGAAAGGAUCUAGGCAUAAAACGCUCAGAAAAUGUUUAACAUGCUUCUUUGCUUUUUUAUUAAAACAGAUUAACCAAGUAAAGGCAAAUUACUCUCAGUAUUUUUAGUGGAUGCAUUUUUAAUACCAACAUUUUGAACAAAAUCACCUAUGAGCACAGUUAUUUCAAUUGUGAUUUAUUUAAGGUUUUUCUAUGCUUUUGAGGCUUUCACUCAAGAGCACACCAUAUAUCAAUUGUACCCUGCAACUAUGAAUUAAAUGACUUGAAGAAAGUA